GUGAUCUAAACAUUUGAAGUUUGGAAACAGAUGGAAAACGGACAGGCGUGUGUCGCAGUUGUUUGGACGUUUUGCCCUCUGGGUCUUCGGGACAGUCACGUGACUGAAAUAGUGAUGUGACGUUCGUUAACGGCUGAGGCAGUAGUAUGAAGCAGAGCCGAUGCCAAAGCCCUCGGAUGUGAUGGUAACCAUGCCAGUACACCAGCAACAGCGCGAAUACGUCUCCAGGUUCCUGACCACCAAGCCACUGGCUCUGGGGAUUUUGGAAAUAUUGCUAGCCUUAUUGGGACUCUGUUUGACAAUCUGGAAUGAGAGUUUUUUUCUUCUCUGGUCACCAAUCAGCUUCACUUUAACUGGACUUGUUACAGCCUCGGCAGCAAACACAUGUAAACCGUGUCUGGUCAAAUCCUCACAAAUGCUCAGCUAUCUAAAUGCAGCAGCAGCUGCUCUGUCUCUCCACUUUCACUUUUAUUUCACUUGGGGUGUAUCCUGCUUUCUCCUUAUGGGCUGUGAUACUUUCAUCUUCAUCUUCUCUGUUACUGUUGCGUUAACUUCCUGUUCCUGUUGUUGCAGACCAAAGUCGAGACGUGUGGAGGUCAGUUAUAUGGGCGCUGAUUUGCCUGUCAACCAUAUUGUGCUCGUGGGCCAGCCGGACUCUUCUGCAGUGGUGCAGUCCAUUAGUUCAGUGGUGUACAUGCUGCCGGCUGCACAUGGGCUAGUCCCACCUGCACCUCUGCCACAUUACAGUCCAGUGCCAGCUCUACCUCCACCAACCUACGAGCAGGUCUUAGCUACACCUCCACCAAACUACGGUCCGGUCCCAAGUGCACCUCCACCAGCAUAUGAGUAUGAAGAUUUACAGGCCAGAAGAUGAACUAGAUCUCAGACACAAAAGGGGAUAUUUGAUGAUUACACAAUGGAUUAUAGCAAAUGGGAAUAUAUAUAUAUAUAUAUAUAUAUAACAAUAAAACAAAUAAAUUAUUUUUGGAAAAAAAAAAUCUGUGAAUGCAUGUUGUAAAUGAAUUUGUCACAUAACAAUUGUGAUUAUCUAAAUUUGUUAGUUCUGUCCCCUUUAAUGUGCCUUAGAUGUAACAAAUGUGGAUGAGAAACAUGAAUGAGAAGGUUUUUUCUUUUUUUAUUGUUUUUCCCCUCCUAAAAUGUUUUAAUUUUAACAUAUGUACAUACCAAGGAAAUUUUACCUGAUAAAUUCAGCUCAGUACUUACAGACUGACAUUUAAAAUCCUGUCAAACAGUGUUCAGUGAGUAUUUUCAGAGAAAAUACUUAUUUAUUACAUAUUAAGAGAUAAAAUUACAUAUUUAAGAGAUAAAAUUAUAAUCUCUUAAAUACAGACUUUAACAGGUUAUACAUUUUAUAUUCAAGUUUGGCUUUGAUCUGUCCUUCCACGUACUAAAGUGAUGUUUCCAGCUCAUGACAACACAACUCGUGGCUUGUUUAAAUAUAUCAAAUAUACAACAGAUGAUUAUCUGAUUCCAAAGGAGAGUCAUUCAAGAAUGUAUCAAAUGUAUCUUUUCUUCCUAACCAGUGUUACUUAUUAUUUUACAAUAACCAAGACACUAUUAUAGCUUUUGUUAAUAUUUUAAAUUCCAUUUUUUUUGUAUUUUG